UGGGGCCUCCGGGCAAUAGGGGAUCAUGGGACCCCUGUGUCCUUGCCCAAACUCAAAAAAGCCUAUGAAAAAGAAUGGCAUCUGAAAACUAUAACUACACAGCUACAGUGUAAAGUACAGUUAAAUGAAUGUAUUAGAAUGAAUGUAGCAAUGUCAAUGAUUAACAUGGCUCUCUAUCAGGGGAGGACUGACAACUCAUGGGGCCUCCGGGCAAUAGGGGAUCAUGGGGCCCCUGUGUCCUUGCCCAAACUCAAAAAAGCCUAUGAAAAAGGUACCAGGGGCAUCUCAUUGGGCCCCCUACUGACCCCGGGCCCUCGGACAGUGCCCGAGUUUCCAAAUGGUCAGUCCUCCCCUGCUCUC